AUGAACGAAGGCCCCUACAAAGGCCGUUACGUUCUUGUGUUGCAACCAGAGCCUGCAGAUAACGAGAAGUUCCCUUUCCUCGAGCUUCCCGCCGAGAUUCGCAACAUGAUCUACUCUUAUGUACUCGAACGACCUGGCUGCUCUAUCUAUAUCCAAGGCAAGCAUACUGGAAUCAUCGACACUCGUUGGCGCAAGGAAGGUGGACAAUGGUUACAACGAUCAGAGAUCUCCUACAGCACCAGCUUGAUGCGCGUCAACAAGCAGAUCAACGUCGAGUCGACGCCCUACCUUUUCAGUCGUCACAAGUUCGAGUUUCCUGACACCACGAUGAUGUACCGAUUCCUGGAGUACAUCGGACCGGAGCGAGUCAAGUCACUGGUUUCGGUCUGCGUCGGCACGCAGUAUCAAACUACCGCGAAGAAAGCAUUCAAACUGCUGGGCCCCGCGAUCUCUCUGACGAAGCUCGAGCUCGCAGAAAACUACUACCGAGGACACUAUUACUCGCACAUGCCCAGUUGGCAUAUUCGGAUGCUGCCCUUCAUUCAAGCUUUGUGCCUCGCAGGCAGAAGCCGUGAGGAUGCGAUCGGUAUUGUCUCCAUCACGGGUGCGAUCAGAGGGUCGUGCUCGACACACGGCUACUUCCAUCCCGGCUCGGUGGACGAAUGCGACAGGGCAAAGAAGGCCUACGAUGAGUUCUACAAGACUAUGCGAGAGACUUUGGGCUUGGCCUUGAAUGAGGCUGAAGCAAAGAAGAAGGCAAUCAAGAAGGGCACUCCUGCCAAGACCAGAUCUGGACGCAAGACCAAGGCAGUCGACUACGCUGAUGACGACAGCGACAGUGAUUACGAGGCUUAA